AUGUCGGUCCAGACCAUCGCGUUCAAGCAAGCUUUCGGCAGCGACAUCUCGCUCGACUACUAUCCUCCUCCACCUGGCGCUGCUUUGCCCGCUCCAGUUCUCUUCUCGGUCCACGGAGGUGGUGGAUCUGGCGGCGACAGGAAGGAUGUUAGAUUGUGGUCCUUUGCGCUGGCACGCGCUCGAGGUUAUGCCAUUGUAUCUCCCGACUACAGGCUCAUACCCGAAUGCGAUGCUCCCGCCAUCGCCAAAGACGUCUCUGACGCGUGGAACUUUGUCACCGCCGGAGAACUCAACAAGAAGCUCGGGAAGGAGGAAGUGGAUGUGAAGCGUGCCGUCUUGCUUGGCAUUAGUGCAGGUGAGGGUCCACGUCGGUGUAGCGAAAUGAGCUGGGCUGCGUGAGCAAUGCAUUCAGAAGUCGCGUCUCUGACUUCGAGUUCCUCUGCCUUCGCGUCCCCCAUCUCUCCUGCCAUCUUCCCCCAGGUGGUUGGAGCUCUACCCUGAUCGGCGCCAGAGCGCCAGUGCGCCCAGCUGCCUACAUCAACUUGUACGGCACCUGGUCCCUGCUUGCCGGCGAUUGGGGCAAGCCAGCCGUGAAGCCGAUGGUCCUCCCAGGCAUCGACCAAGCCACUCCAUUUUUGCUGCACAUCAUGAGUGAAGCCAAGGCAGGCAGGGGCAAGCCCACUACCGGAUCUUAUCUGAACAUCUUUCAGAUGCUUCAAACACCGCGCGAACAAAUAGAGGCGUUGGUGCAAGCCAACGGAAUCAGCCUGGAGGAUUUCAAAGCGUACGGCUUGGACGGCGUCAUGACGCAGGAAGAGAUCAUCCGAAACCUCUUGUGCCCUUACUCGGUCAACACGGGCGUCUUGGAGGCUAUCUGUGAAGGCCCGGGUGCGUGACUAGGAUGCAGUCAUCUCGCGUGAUGUUGGCUCCCCAUCAAGUGACUGACGCAUUGUUCCCCCCUUGCCCGUGCCCGCAGAUGGAAACACGCCAAACUGGGCAGGGCAUCCCAAAGAUCCCACACCGCUCAUCGACGCAAAGUUUCCUCCCACACUGACCUUGCAUGGCACGGGAGACAGCUUGGUGCCAUUCCACGUCUCCGAGACAUUUGACAGCAUCUUGAAAUCUCACGGAGUCAAAAGCGAGCUUGUGAGUUCACGCGAGAUGCCGAGACAGUAUGCGCGACGGAAUUUGAGCAACAUUUGACAUUCCCCAUGCUCUCCAUCGCUCCUUGAUCCAUACAAUCAGGUACCCUACCCAGACCAAGAUCACAUGUUCGACCUUGCAUGGCAUCCACACCUCCCAGACUUUGCGAAGAUCACGGGCUUCCUAGACUCAGUAGGCGCCUGA